AUGAGAAAAAAUUGUGUUCUUAAUCUUAUCUCCUUCCCUUGCUUUCUUCUCUUUCAAACUUUCGACACCAUUAACGCGGCUUGUGAAGGCAGUUUAUUCGCCGUAAACAGCACUUACAGUGAAAACCUAAACUCUCUCUUUUCUUCUCUUGCAAGUAACGUAACCACUACCAACGGCUUCUUCAACACUUCAAUUGGAGAAGGCUCCAACAAAAUCUACGGUCUUGCACUUUGUGGACGAGGCUACAAGAAUCAAGCUUGUGUGAAUUGCGUGGAACAAGCGUCUCAAGAAUCGCAAAACAGAUGUCCGAAUCUAAUGAACACGUUCAGGUGGACUACCAGAGACAUUGACAAUGUUUCUUGCCUUGUACGUUACGCUAAUAACUCUGUUUUGCGGAAACUCGAGCUUUGGCCAGCUACUUUGUCAGAUAAUCCUUUGAACAUAGAGUCACCAAAGAGCAUUAUACUUUUUCGACGAGAAUGGGAAGCAUUGGUUAACCUCACAAUGGAGUCAGCUACAUUGGCUCCUGAGAAUUCCUCGGUUGUGCACAAGUUCUAUAGUGUUAUAAGAGCAGAGUUCACAGAAUUUGCAGAUGUUUACAUGAUGAUGCAAUGCACUCCUGACAUUUUGUCUAGUGAGUGCAGGAGAUGUCUUAGGCAGUGUGUGUUGAACUUUCAAAACAAUAAUUGGGGAAGCCAAGGCGGUGCGGGUCGGCUUCCGAGCUGUUAUUUCCGGUGGGAUCUUUAUCCUAUUUCUGGUUCUUCUGAGAAUAUGACUAAAGUCUCUAUGAUUAGUCGUGUUUCCAGUCUUCCUCAAGGAGAUACUAACAUACAACCUAGAAAUGCGAAGAAAGAGUGCUUUGUUUCUGAUGAACAAUCUAUGUUGCGGUUUAGUCUUGGUAUGAUACAAACCGCAACUAAUGAAUUCUCCCCGGAAAAUAAGCUUGGUCAAGGUGGAUUUGGAACUGUCUACAAGGGAAUGUUAGCGAACGGGCAAGAAAUAGCGGUGAAGAGAUUAGUUAGCGGCUCUGGUCAAGGAGAUACUGAGUUUAGGAAUGAGGUUUCACUCUUGACAAGACUCCAACAUAAGAAUCUUGUUAAGCUUCUUGGAUUCUGUAAUGAAGGAGAUGAAGAGAUUCUUGUCUACGAGCUUGUCCCUAAUUCAAGUCUUGAUCAUUUUAUCUUCGAUGAAGAGAAACGUUUGCUUCUUACAUGGGAUGUGAGGUUCAGAAUUAUAGAAGGCGUUGCUCGAGGUCUUGUUUAUCUCCAUGAAGAUUCUCAGCUGAAGAUUAUUCACCGAGACUUGAAGGCGAGCAACAUCCUUUUAGAUGCUGAGAUGAAUCCUAAAGUUGCAGAUUUCGGGACAGCGAGGUUGUUCGACAAUGAUGAAACUCGAGCUGAAACAAAACGAAUAGCUGGAACCCGUGGAUACAUGGCUCCCGAAUACCUGAAUUACGGACAGAUCUCAGCUAAAUCUGACGUUUAUAGCUUCGGUGUUAUGCUUCUAGAGAUGAUAAGUGGUAGAAGAAACAAUAGCUUUGAAGGAGAAGGACUUCCAGCUUUUGCAUGGAAGAGAUGGGUCGAAGGAAAGCCUGAGAUUGUAAUUGAUCCUCACUUAAGCGAGAAUCCGAUAAACGAGAUCAUAAAGUUGAUUCAGAUUGGUUUGUUGUGUGUUCAAGAGAAUGCGGCAAAUAGACCAACCAUGAGCUCUGUAAUAGUUUGGUUUUGUAGUGAGACUAUCAUCAUCCCUUUACCUAAGGCUCCUGCUUAUGCUAGGAUUCAAUCUCAAUCUGAAAAUGGUACAAUGUCAAUGAGCAAUGUCAUCACGGAGUUGAGUUCUCGUUAA